UCCAGCGAACAUGGCGGACGAAGUGGACGUUGAUAUCGAGGGCGAUGGAUUUGAUAUCAAUAACGGUGAAUCAGAAGUUCGCGACCUGCUCCAGGACCAGUUCGUGCAGUCUGCAUGGAAGACCUGUACUGGGAUCGUGCCAUGGGAGCUGGAUAGCUCCAUCAGCGCAGAAAACAGAGAGGUGAUAGAGAACAUGCUGCUGGAGGAACAAUAUUAUCUGACUGGAAGAGAGAUUCCUCAGAAUUUGUGGCACAUUGAUUCCAACACUAAGCCUAAAGUGAAAAAGACUCCGGCCAAGCCCUCUGCCUUAGGCUCCUCCUCUCGGUGGUCCCAACAGGAGAAGGAGCUAUUUGAGGAAGGACUGGCUCAGUUUGGUCGGAGGUGGACUAAGAUUGCCAAAAUGGUGGGCAGCCGUACAGUUCUUCAGGUCAAGAGCUAUGCCAGACAGUAUUUUAAACAUAAGGCUAAAUCAGAACCAAAAGCUGUAGCUCUUUCAACUGGCCAAUUGGUGGCAGCGCACGCUUCUGAGUCGAGCUCAACCACUAAUCAAGUGUACGCACUGGCCAACACCAUCCGUAUAGAGAGGCUGUCUGAUGAUGAGGAUGAGGAGGUGGACAUCACAGAUGACAUAAGUGAUGAAGGAGAGGUUGGAGAUAAACUGCAGGAUGAGCUCAAAAGUGAGUCUUAUAAAUCAUGUCAGCUCACAGGGACAGAAACUGGGACAGACAACUCCAUCCUGAGUGAGAACACACAGGCUCAGCCCAUUCAGAUGGAAGCUGAUAUGACUGUCGGGGAGAACAACCAUGGGAUAGGCACAGAGGACCAUCCUUGCCACAGCUCUCCAUCUCAAUACACUGAUCCACCCUUAUCCUCUUUUCCUUGCCCAGAGGAGCCUGGCAUGACAGGGCUAAAUGAUGGGGACAGGCAGGUGAUCUUACCCCCUGCAAAGGACAUUUGUGUAGAACCAGGGAUAGAAGCAAAGAAGAUGACUGAACAGCACCAUAUACCUCAGAGCCAGAGCCUCCAAACUGGGAGUUCAGAGGGCAGAAGUCAUCAAGAGACCUGCUGUUCUAGAACAGACUGUGCUGAUAAUGAGGCCAGCCAUAGUCUAAAUGAUAGACCAGAGGGAGAUCUGGAGGAGGACGAAGAGGAGGAGGAGGAGGAGCUCAAGUUCCCAGAACAGGAAAUUGAGAUGGACAUGGAGAUCAUCACUGAGGAGGAGAAACAAGCUAUCCCAGAGUUCUUUGAGGGACGGCCAUCCAAGACCCCUGAAAGAUAUCUGAAGAUAAGAAAUUAUAUCCUGGAUCAAUGGUUGAAAAGCAAACCAAAGUACCUGAACAAGACAUCAGUGCGCCCUGGCUUAAAGAAUUGUGGUGAUGUCAACUGUAUUGGCAGAGUGCAUACCUACUUGGAACUCAUAGGAGCCAUUAACUUCAACUGUGAGCAGGCGGUAUAUAACCGGCCCAAGGUGAUGGACCGCUCCAAGCACAAGGAGGGUAAAGAUGCCCUGGAGGCCUACCAGCUAGCCCAGAGACUGCAGAGCAUGCGGACUAGGAAGCGUCGUGUGCGGGACAUCUGGGGAAACUGGUGUGACCAAAGGGAUUUGGAGGGACAGACAUAUGAGCAUUUGAGUGCAGAGGAGCUAGCCCUACGGAGAGAGGAGAUGAAGAGGCAACCUAAACACUGCAAGGUCUCCAGGCACAAAGGAUCUUUUGAUCCAUUCCAGUUGAUUCCGUGCAGGUCUUUUGGAGAGGAUGUACAGGAGCCAUUCCAGGUUAUCGUGUGUGCAGAGGCUCUCCUUAUCAUGGACAUGCAUGCCCAUGUGUCCAGGGCUGAAGUAAUCGGUUUGUUGGGAGGAGCUUUCAAUGAAGAAGAAAAAGUACUGAAGAUCUGUGCAGCAGAGCCAUGUAAUAGUGUGAGUACAGGCUUGCAGUGUGAGAUGGACGCAGUGUCUCAGACCCAGGCCUGUGAGAUGCUGUCAGCCCUUGGCUUCAGUGUGGUGGGCUGGUACCACUCACACCCAACCUUCCACCCCAGCCCCUCUCUGCGGGACAUACACACACAGGACCAGUUCCAGAGUUACUUCUCCCGUGGUGGAGCUCCCUUCAUUGGGAUGAUAGUGAGCCCUUACUAUCCAGCAAACCCCUCCCCCCAUUCCCAGACAAACUGCCUGUUGGUGAGAGAGAACAAGGAAUCUUCAGGCCCGCAGAAGUGUCCUUACAGGUUUGACUUUCUGUCCUCCCAAGACAUUCCAGACUGGGAACAGAUGAUGCGGAGAAGCCAAUGGAUCAUCAGCAAAUACUCACAGACACAUGAGAGUGUGCAGAUGGACAGAUUUUUCCGGAAGGACUCACAUCUCACCUGUCUGGAGAAGAUGUUGUCAUCUUUAGCCAAGUACCUCGAGCCCCUUCCAGAUGAGGAGGGAGACCCUUUCCUCAUCCAGGUCCAGACCCUCUUUCAGAAUGACUUUAUUGCUAAACAACCAGCUGACCAGGAGGAAGGAGAAGUUUUAAAUGUUUCAUCCAGACUAACUGCCUCAGAUGACUCUGCCUUUGAACAGCCAAUCAACAGAAGGAAAAUUGAGGAAGGAGACUCUGAUAUUGUGAAUAACAGGUUGCCAGAAUCUACCACACAGACUUCAAACUCAGAGAUAGAAAGCAGCCCAGUAUUACAUCUAGGCUCUGUGUUAUUAACUGGACACGAUUAUCUACUGUGACUAUACUCUCACAAUAUUCAUUUGCAGUUAUGCAGUCAUGUUAUUUUUAUUUGUAAUCAGUCAAAUUACGUUUUUAUUCCUGCCACAGAUUGUUAUAACACAGUUAUGAAAUUGUCUUUAGUGUUUUUUAUUCCCUAACACAGUAGAUUCCAGAGAUGAUUGACUAUAUAUUGGUAUGUGCGCGUGCGCCUAGGGGAAAUAUUAUGUUUGAUUUGUAGAAUUCCUUGUUCACCCUGUUACUACCGGCUUUCAAAUGCAGGAAUAAAAUCGGUGCGAGCUAAAGGGCAGCCAGACGGACUUGGCUCCUUUUCUGAAUUUCAAGACAUGACCUCCCCUUUGUGAAAUUUGGAGGGGGGGGGGUUGUCUCUAAAAUAUUAACAAUAUGCUGUUUGUCAUGCAUUUUUAUUUUUCUGCAUUUUUAUUAUCAUGACUCAUACGUAAAAUU